GAACAUCAUCAGAUAAGAUUUCCUCUGCAUUGGCACCUUUGAGGCUAUGGUGUCAUAAGGAGAAGCACGCCGGCACACGGAUGCCACUCCGCGCUGAUUGGUUCGGGUGCCGGCGCCCGUGACAUUGACCGCGGGCCCCACCGCCCCACACCGCCCCGCCCCGCCCUACGCGAAGCAGCAGCAGGAGCUAUGGAGGAGGAGCAAAUGAAGCGAGCGAGCCGCAAGGCCGAGCCCAUUUGGCACACGAUUCGCCUGUCUCGGUGUCGCCCAUGCUCUGUCCCCGGUGCAUGAUUCCCUCGGGAUCCCUUCGCCUGUGCCCGGAUCUUUUUCUGGCUGUUCCAGAUUCAGCAGAAUACUCUGCUCUGACUUGUUGUGUUGGCUUCGAGAGCCCGGACGGAAGCAAUUGCGGUCGGGAGGAACUAUUUGUGCCGAGGCGGUGCCGGGUGGGGAGCUGGAGAGUGCUGGCGAUUUGCAUUGCAUCGGGUGAUCGCCGAGGUGGGGAAUGAGGGCGGGGGACAAGUAGGAAUGCGAUUCGAAUUCGCAGCUGGCACAUGAGUGUUCGUUUCUUUCCGACGAAGAAGGGCUCGUGGUGAGGAGGUCUCAGUGUCAAUCUGACGACGUUUCUCCAAUCUGGCAACAUUGGUUGAAUUCGCAAGCUUCUAGGUGUGAAUGUGUUGGGAGAUUUUAGAUAGAGUUUUACAUCGGUAGGCAUCCCAGAGAAAGCUCUUACUCUUCAUUCUUUCCAUCACUGGGGGCUGCUCUCACACCGUCUAAUCUGCCGCCAGAGGUCGAUAUGUCGAGUCCUCCCAGAAUCAUUCAGCCACCACUCGUUGUGGUGGGAUCGGCCAAUGCAGACAUCUAUGUGGAGAUCGACAGACUUCCCAAGGAAGGCGAGACUUUGGCUGCCAACAACGGGCAGACUUUACCUGGCGGGAAAGGUGCAAAUCAGGCUGCAUGUGCUGCCCGUUUGAAUUAUCCAACCUAUUUUAUAGGCCAGGUCGGGAAGGAUAACUUUGCAAAUCUUAUUCGAGAUUCUCUGCAGUCUUCUGGUGUCAAACUUGACUACUUGGGUACUGUAGCUGGACCAACUGGGCAUGCAAUAGUAAUGUUGCAACCAGGAGGAAACAAUUCUAUCAUCAUAGUUGGAGGGGCUAAUGUCUCAUGGCCUCGUCUGGAUGGUGGAAUUAGUCGACUUAACGAGAAAGCUCAACAAUUAAUAAGGAGGGCAGGUGCCGUAAUACUCCAAAGAGAAGUGCCGGAUUCUUUGAACAUAGAGGUCGCUAAGAUAGCCAAAGUCUCCAAUGUACCAGUAGUUUUGGACGCAGGUGGUAUAGACUCUCCAAUGCCACCCGAACUGUUAAAAAACGUUACUAUUUUCAGCCCCAAUGAAACCGAGCUUGCUCGUCUAACAGGGAUGCCUACAGACACUACCGAGGAGGUUCUGGCAGCAGCUGCUAAGGUCCAGUUGUUGGGUGUGCAGCAGGUUCUCGUGAAGCUCGGGGAAAAAGGUUCUAUACUGGUCAACAAGGACGAGCCCCCAAUUGUACAACCUGCUAUCAUGGCGCCAUACGUUGUUGACACCACUGGUGCAGGAGAUACUUUCACUGCCGCUUAUACUGUAGCUCUUAUAGAGAAGCAACCACCUGCUGAAGCGCUUAGAUUCGCAGCGGCCGCAGCCUCAAUAUGUGUGAGGACCAAAGGCGCCAUUCCAAGUAUGCCCGACAGAAGAGCAGUUUCUCAGCUCCUGGAAGAACACCCCGCGAAAGAGAUGAAGAAGGUGAUCGCCAAAUUCAUUGAACAAGUCAAUAUAAGCGGUUCGGACGAGGCAGAAUCUCCGACCAAAAGAUCGAAUGUAAAUUCUCCAAAAAAGGUACGUUUUCACGAUUUCGAGGAUGAGCAGAAAGAAAAGUCCAUCCUAGGACAAAGUGUACAGCCUGUAUCAAUGUGAUUCCAUUCUGUAGGUCCGGAUUGAGGGAGAGCCACUCAUGGAAAUUUCGUAAACCGAGUUCUCCUCAAGGCCCAGGAGAUUGGACUUUGUAGCAUGGGAGGGAGUGUUUGAUAAGACACAGCUUCGUUUAGUUCUAUAAUCUCACAGUUCAUGUAGAUGAACUUCGGUGCUAUUUGCCAUGUCCACUUUUUGUAUGUACAGGUCUGUAUAUAUUGUCAAUACGUCUUGUUACUAAAACGAGCGAGGACUCGAUGUCGGCAAGCCUAAAUUUUAGCUCAUGCGCGCUUAAAGUUCAAAACUCAAAACUAGAUUUGGAAGAAGUCCCAAAUUUCAUUGUCCAAGAUGGUUCAUGAUUUUCACUAUUCACUUCAGUUCCCUGUGGAAAUUGCCUUAGCUGGUACACAUCAGCACUCGGUUUUUUAAGAAGAAAAGCGAUGAGCAUGUGCAUAAUGAACUAGGUAAGUAAUAACUAAUCUAUGAGUUUAGCGGCCAUAACAGUGGACAAAUCAAUAAAACGGAACUGACAUCUGGGUAGAGUGCCCACAUUUGACUACUAUAUCUUCUCUAGUUAUAGAUCUUG